GUGUAAGAUAUAUACUUCUUCACAUCUGUUAAGUUUUUGUUCAGUUCAUCAUCGAUCACGAAUCUUUCACUCGCACGUGUAUGCUCGCGCAUCAAAUUGCUUCCGGUGCGUUGUCAUUUUGCUAUCUGAGGAAGUGGGAAAAGUCCACAUGAUAAAAUGUAUCAGAUUGGGAUUUUGCAUGGGUUGCGGCGUCUCUCAAAAAACCAAGAACAGAUCAUCAGAAAAAUCCAAGUCGGUGUUCGUCCGGUAUCACACAGCAGUAGGAGUUUUUGCCACACUCGUGCUGUAGUUUUAAAGGGGCAGGAUAAUUUUCUGCAUGUGAACCCAAGGUCAUUUUUAAAAGCCCAUGCAAAAAAGGUUCAACCAUACUGUGCUGUUAGAUGGUAUACAUCCUCACCAGUUCAGUCUGAAGAUGGAGAAUUAAUCUACACAGGCAGUCUGGGAAAAGCUGUCCUCGGUGUGAAGUUUUUCUCCUACUCCAGCAGUAUGUUCAGUCUCUGUGUGAUGCCAUAUGUCCUCAUGAAAACAGGCAUUGGUGUGAACAACUUGGUACUGCAAGUGGCUUUCUGUGGCUUUAUAGGUUUCUUCACAUUUCUGACUCCUGUUCUGCUCCACUUGAUCACCAAAGGCUAUGUAGUACGCCUGUACCACAACAAGGAGACCGACAUGUACACAGCCAUCACUUACAGUGCCCUUCUAGUGGAGAAACGGACUGUUUUCCAUCAGAGGGAUGUCAUUAUCCCUGCUGUGAGCAGAAUGUUCACUAGUUUUUACGCCAAGAAACAUUCGAUGCUGGUCAACCCAAUGCUUUUUGCUCUGCCCAACGACUACAACCACCUCAUGGGUUACGACCGGCCCUUUUCCUUUGAUACAGAUGACUUGAACAAACCAGAUAAAAGUUAACUUGUCCACCAACAUUGGAUCGAUUUAGCUUGUGAAACCAAGAUGUCUACAUUUCAAUGAACUGUUGUUGUGUAUUAAAUAUUAGCAGGAGUGAUAUGUCAUCCAGUAUAUUUGUGAUGUAGAAACUUGUAUAAAAGUGUAAAUAAAUGGAUAUUUACCAUCUGCA